CGUUCUAUGAAGUUCUUGAUAAUUCUUGUCAGAGGAAUUCCAUAAUGGCGCCUUACUUGGCAACUGUCGUCUGUGAGAUAUAGGUUAUCAAAACUUGUUAUUGGCAGGUACGCUGGUUGCGAUAUCCAGCAGUACCGCAACGGAGUUCCUAGCAGUUAUGUUUGGCUCGAAGUAAUCUUUGUACUAACUGACCAGGAUUUGCGAUCUUCCGGCAAGAAAUACCGCUUUCCCAAUUAUGGCCGAGGAUGCAGCGGCAAGGGAUACCGAACUGGUACAUAAUAUUAAAACCCUACUCUGGGGCACGACUAUGAAGGAGGACGUAUUUAGAAGAUGGGCUCAAGGAUUUUAUUUCAGCGCCGACGAGCCAACGGCACUCGUUCAGACAGAAGGGGGUCCUUGUGCAGUGUUAGCCCCAGUUCAGGCUUUUAUUAUAAAGCAAUUGUUAUUGGAAGGUGAAGUAAGUAGUUGGAAGAACAUCAAAUCGGAACGAUGCGAUCAGCUUCUGAUCAAGGCCAUGACAGAGAUCGUGGCGCAAGCAGCCGAUGUUCAGAUGCCACGCUAUGUAGUCGUUCAUACCGAUGGACCCAAGGCUGAUGUGGCAAAUGGGCAGGUCCUUGCAGAGGCAAAUGUCGACGAGGCAGUUCAGGACAAACUGUGCGAAAGUAUCUCGCAUGUAGCUGCAAUGGAGAAACGAUUAGAAUUAGAAUCUGAAAGCUUUCAUUCCCAGUUAAGGAUAUUACCCUUGGAUACUGUGGAACAGGUUGAGGCAUUUCUUACGCAGAGGAUCGACAUGCUGAAAGACCACUUCGGUGUCCUCUUAUUACUGUAUUCGGUUGUGUCGACAAAAGGUCUCUCUGGUAUGCAAUCUGAAAUGUCGGAUCCCACAGAGCCUAUUAUUGACUCGACUUACGGUUAUGGUAGUCAGUGUUUGAUUAACCUCAUGCUCACUGGGCGUGCUGUGGGACAUGUUUGGGAUCACGAUCAAGAUAUCGGAGGACUAAAACUUCGAGGCAUCGACAAACAAAACUCUGUUGGCUUUCUAGCGCUGUUGGAACAUUUGCGUUAUUGCGAAGUAGGGACUUUCUUAAAAUCACCAUCCAAUCCAGUAUGGGUAUUGGGCUCGGAAACACAUCUAACGGUACUCUUCUCCCCGGAGAGGAAACUAGUUAGUCCCGAGACACCUGCCGAUCAAGCUAGACGGGUGUUCAAAAAAUUUGAUCCAGAAGGAAACAAAUUUAUCCCUGCUAACUUGCUCCAGGAUGUGUUGGCAGAGUUGGGCUUGGUCGCUGAUAAAGAAUACGUCUACAUAAUGAGGAAGAAACUUGAUAGCGAAUCGUUGGGCAUCAUACUGCUGACGUCUUUCAUGGAGGAAUUCUUUCCGGAAGAACCUCGUACGUGUCCUGACACCUUUCCUCUGUAUCACUACAACGGUUUGGCUAGAAGCAACCCUGAGAACAGAGUGCGGUAUCGAAUGGGCCAGGCAGUGCUGCUCGAAUGCACCGUCAAGUGCAUCCUGGACAGCAAUCCGAUGUUGACGGUGCUCCAGACCAAGUGGCCGAACAUCGAGAUUCAAUGGGACACGAGUCGGAAUCCAAGUUUAAAUUAAAAGCUCGCUAAGUCAGUGACUACGCCGAGUCAGAGACGUAGUGGAAUAUUCGGUGGCUCGCGGUGGCGCGCGUUGACGUCCUGCGAAAGGCGGUUGUAGUUCUCGAAGCUACCGGAGGACGACGAAUACGAGUCGCGGCGUUAACGCUCCUAAAUUAAUCGGAACUUUUGGAAUCCAGGCUCGUACGGGCUCGAGAUUACGAAAGUUAUCCCCAAAGUCAAGAGACGUUAGCGAGCCAACGCCCGUGGAUGUCGUAGGGACUACGCAAUCAUCGAGGUUCCACCGGUGCACAAUCAAUGCCGAAGGAGUUGAGCCGCCUCGAGGUGGGAGUACAGACUCGCAGAGUAAUAUAACAGAACAGGAAAAAACAAAAAAAAAAAAUGGAAAAAAGAAACAUUACCACAAAGAGCGCCUUCUUAAUAAAAGUAACGUGAUUAUCCAAAAAUUAAUUUGUUAAUGUAGGUUGUAAAAUGCGGAGAGGACUUCGUCGAAGCGAGCGGAGAUUGUAAUCACGACGAAAGAUAAUGCGGCACUUUGGAAGCAUCUUCGAAUUGUAUAUUGGAUUAACAGCUGAUUUAGGGAUAGCUAGGUUUCACUUCUGGGAAUACUUUUGCAAUUGAUACUAAUCGAUUAAUGCAGACCAACGGUGAAUCGGCUAGGUGUUUGUUGCGCAUCGAGGGGAUGGUAUUCAUUGGAUGAAGUAUUCUUUGAACGCGAAUGUAUCCCUCUCUUAGAGAAUCGCACCAGGCGACACGUUUACACUUAACAGAGAGAAAAUCCGUACGCUCGCAUUCAUUCCUUAUAUUUUAAUUCCAUAAAAUCCACGCGCGGACUGUAUUACGUAUUACGAUACUAGGGAUUUAUUUAAAUCAUCGGUUGAGUCGCGUCGAUAUGAAUUUUACCGUUGACCCUAUUUAUGACGAGCCUUCGAUCGAUGCGAUCACUUUCGCGAAGCGUUCCCCUUGUGCCCCGACGUAAGGAAUUACGCCAAGCGAAGUACGUGUUAUUUCCUCUUAUAUAUUAAUACAUAUUUCUCUCGAUCAGCCUUAAAGAUGGAAAGGAACUAGUGAGUAGAUUUUAAGGAUUUCUCGAAGGUCCUCUCCUAGGACGCCUGUUUCUCGACGGAGUCGUCGUCCGGUCUUACGAUUUAAUUUCGGAACCAGGCCUGCGAGGAGAGCACCACCUUCGACGUAACUUUUUGCUAAAUAUUUCAAGUUAAUUAAGGAACGUUUUUCUCUCGAAGAGUGCAUUAUAUCCCACGUUUCCCUAGUCAGUUGUUCUAGCUUUCGCCAUCUUAGAGCGUGCAGAGACAAAUAGAGGGCAGAAAUUGUUCCGCGGUAAAUUUACGUGCGCAUUGAAUGGCAGACGACAGAAAAGACAUCGGGAGUUUCGGUGUGACGUGUCAUGGGAUUUAGUGAGACGCAAAAGGAAGAGGCAGUGCGAGAAGCUCGCUUGCACGGGAACGCGCGUUGUUAAGUUUUUCCUCUUUUUUUGUAUAUCUUCUUUUCCUUUUCUGUGUCUUUUCGAGAAGCCAAAGAUCGCACCACGAACGAGUCGUGAUCCCGAGCGAUCGAGUCGUCAUAGUUUGUCGAUCGAGGGGUUAUUCACUUGGAAAUCGGGAGACGAUUUGCUUCUUUGAGAGCCGAUUGCCUUUCAUUUCAUAUGAUAAACAAUGCGACUAGAUAACAAGUGGCGUUCGGUGAUUUCCAGAUUUCCAGGUGAUCUCCACAUGAUUUCAAGCUUUAAAAUCCAUGAUUUCCUGAGUGAAUACCCCCUCGGUGUCGAUGAAAGUAGAGCGAAGGGUAAAGCAUACAACUUAGGUAUUUUUCUACUUCCCGCGGAAGUAUGAUUUUUGUUUUAAUUGUGAAUAACCGCUACAGGUCGUUCGGAGGAAUCCAAGGCAUUUCCCUUGUAGACAUGCAGGUACAAAUCGAAAAUAAUUUUAGGCUCCACGCUGCUACGGUGUUUAAUCGACAGGAUGGAUUUGCACAUAAAUAUUUUAUUCUAUCAGCCAAUCAACUUUGUAGGACUAAUUGUUUCCAUUUAGGUCUCUGUUAAUAAUAAUUUAUGGGUCGAUCGAAGAAGAAACGGGAGCGAAAGACAAAGAAUCGGUAGAUGGAAUUAUAACCGGACGGAAAGGGUCUCUUGUGCUAGCUUAUCCUUAACGUUAUUCGGAUAGAAACGAGAAUCAUUAAGUAACGACGUUGUCUUCGCUUCGAGAUAUGUAAAAAUAAAGAACUCUUCGCUUUUCCUGACCAUUACGCACGUUGGAAGUUAUUUGAGAAAACCAAUGUCAGGGUAUUCCCCUUACGUGGCCACUUUCGUACAUAUUAGAUAAUAUGUGAAUAUUAUGUAAUGUAUAAAAAUGUGAAAUUAAGUAAUUGACAAAGUAAGUGAAGGGUUUUACGGGCGCGUUCGCAUUCACAGGUACGUUGAGUUGGCUUAAUUGCUUUAAUUGUACAUACAUUAUGGAUCACACUCACAUGAAUCACAGAUGCAUACACAUACGUCGCUACGUAUACUUGUAAUUUGCAUUUCUAAGGUACAUUAAUAUUUUUCACUAUCUUCUGACAGUGUCCAGCGUACAUUCAUAAUUCUUUGAUUAUCACAUAAUGUUACGAGAAGGAAUUCGAAACACGUAUUUAUGUAUAUCACAAUUAAAUACAUUUAGGACUUA